AUGGACCUGCAGGCACGGCCGUCAGGCCAGACAACUGUACGACGGGCGGAUUUUCUCGAUGCGCUUGUUACCCUUAUUCCCCCCGGAGUGGCGCAUUUCGGCAAACGGCUAGAGCGAUUAGUCGAGACGUCGACGGGAGUGGAUAUGACGUUUGAAGAUGGAACGACAGCCACAGCGGACGUGGUGGUCGGCUGCGACGGGAUCAAAUCCAAGGUAAAGGAGUCCAUUCUGCCUGCCGAGGAAUACACCCGGACUCUGCCUCAGUACAGUGGGAUGUACGGAUACCGCGCAGUGCUGGACAUGGACACGAUGAUCGAGGCCGUCGGCGAACAUCGGGCGCGCGUCUCGACCAUGUAUGUGGGCGACGGUGGCUACGGCAUUUCGUAUCCAAUUAUGCGCGCACAGAAGGUCAAUGUGGGCAUCUAUGUGCUGCGGGAUCGGUGGGAUCAUCAUGAAUGGGUGCGUCCGGCUAGCAAAGACGACAUGCGGAGAGACUUGGGGCAUAUGGGGAAGUAUGUCAAUGGACUGGUCGAACACAUGCCCGAUCCCUCGCAAUGGGCAAUCUUCGAACACUCGCCUAUCUCGACCUAUGCACGAUCACGGGUGGCCAUCCUGGGCGAUGCGGCGCAUGCCUCCACGCCCCAUAUGGGAGCGGGUGCCGGACAGGCAAUCGAAGACGCCCAUGUCCUGGCGGAGUUAUUGGGGGAUCCUCGGGUGGUGGAUGGAAAGCAUGCCAUGGCUGCAUUCCAGGCAUAUGAUGAGGUGCGACGACCGCGCAGUCAGCGAGUUGUUAGUAGCAGCAAGGAGCAGGCGCAUCUGCUCUGUCUGUGUCUGGAUGGGGUAGGAGACGACGAGGAGAAGUUGAGGACGACUUUCCACGAGCGAUUACGAUGGCUUUGGGAUGUGGAUGUGCAGGAAGAGGUAGAACGGGGGAGGAGGAGCAUGUUGGAGAAGAUGAAGCCGGCGAGUUCGUUGUGGUAG